CGUUGUAAUGGAACAUGGUAUAGCCUACGCCUUGCAGUGGUUUGUGCGGUGGCGGACUCAUUUUUCGCCUACCGGACUUGGAGAAGAGUCUAUUCUGUUGAUUCGAGGGAAGCAUUGUUGGACCGAGUGUCCUCAGAUACUUUUGUUAGAACAUUUUCUCGUUUUUUCUGGCCAUUAUUGAACUCCUCGAAAUCUGAUGGCUGUUUACGCACUUCACUUCAAAGGCUGACUCCGGCGUAUGCGAAUGCAUUUUAGUGAGAGCUGUGCGAUAAAACGAUCAGCGACCGGAUUUGAAAGCCACACUAACACGAGGAGCAUGAUGAAAGACUGAUUGGCAACAAAAACUUUUCUCUGUGUAAACGUAUGUGAGGAGGCUGUUUAGCUAAUGAAUGUAAUCGUUGCCGCCCAGUUUAAAUCGGAAGUGGAGCUAUUUCCUUCAGGAAUAAGGUUGAAAAGUACCAUUUUCCAUGUGGAGGACAGGAACUUGAACGUGGAUUGACUCGGGGAAAAACAUUUGUGCACAUUCUACGCGCUGUGCUUCGUUUCAUCUAUCAGAUUCAUUGGAAACACGGGUGGAAAAAUGCGUUUUGUGAGCUCAUUGUUAUGUUGUAAACUUGAAGAAACCCGAGAGAAUACAACUCUGCUUCGUUUGUGGUUUUUCUUUGCUCUCCUUGUUUCAAAUUCAGCCUGUCCUGACAAAUGCGUCUGUUUCACAUCCACGGUAAAAUGUGUGAACCAGGGUUUAUUCGUGGUUCCACAAACAUUGCCAGUAAACACUAAAACCCUGUUCAUUACUGGGAACAACAUUUCCCAUCUCACAGCUGGGUCUUUCCCUGUGCCUCUUGAACAGUUAACAGACUUGUAUCUCACAGGAAACCAGGUGGAGCUGGUGGACCACAAUGUAUUCAACAACUUGCCAAAUCUCCGGCUGCUAGACUUGAGUAACAACAGGAUUCUGAAUUUUAGUGCUCAAGCCUUCCCUGAUUACAACAAACUGCUGGACCUCAACCUCAGCAGGGCUUUUUACAACCAUACUUCCAUGGAUGAGCUCUUCAGCCUGCUACGGAGUGGCGGAGCCCUUCAACUUACCAGCUUGGAUCUGUCUAACAAUGACCUGGUGGUCCUCCCUGAGGGCAUGUUCUCCCACCUCUCCAACCUCACCAUCCUCAACCUACAAAACAACUCUCUCAUCUUCAUCCGGAACGGGACGCUGAGUGUUCCUCCGCUCCGUGAGCUAGACCUGAGGGACAAUGCCCUGAGGGAACUACCCAACACUACACUGAUGGACUUCAGCCUGAAGCCUGGGCUUCAGGUGCAUCUGGCAGGGAACCCUUGGCGCUGUGACUGCAAUAUCGAGGACCUUGUGGCCUGGCUGAAGAGCUCUGAGCAGGUCCCAGACAAGCAGAAUAUGACCUGUUCUGACCCUGAGGUUCUGAGGCAGUUACCGUUGCUCCAGAUAGAACACUUGGAGUUGGAGUGUACCUUUUCAGGUGAAAUGAAAGGUGUGCUGGAGACCUCAUAUGUCUUCCUGGGCAUGGUGCUGGCCUUGAUCGGAGUGAUCUUUCUGCUGGUCCUCUACCUCAACAGGAAGGGGAUCAAGCGGUGGAUAUACAAUAUUCGGGACGCGUGCAGGGACCACAUGGAGGGUUACCAUUACAGGUAUGAGAUCAACUCGGACCCCAGGUUGGCCAACAUCAGCCUCAACUCAGAUGUUUGAGAGGACUGCUAUGUAAGCCAGGGCUCCACAGUGACUGAGGCAUUAUGACUGGUCAAGAGCAACAUAUGCAUCUCUUUAGUUCCGGGGGGCUCCAGCCUGCCUGCAACCCCCCCGCCCCCCCCCACCAGUCAUGACUCGUACUAGCCUCAGUCACGACGACCCACAAUCUGCCUCUACGCAUGCCUGUGGCCCCUGCAACGCAAUUCUGAUGGUUUGGUUUUACACCUUUUGAUGUAGUUCAACGUUCCAUGGACUCAGAAUCAUGACUCAGACAGGGUUUGUGAGAGGGCUCUCUGUAAUAUUUAAUUUUCCCUUCCUUGAGCAAAAGGGGACGGUACGUAGAACUCCAACUAAACAGACUUCUUUUGACUGGUAGUAACUAGGCUACAUAUCUUUAUCCUUUCUGCUGGUUAUAUUUUAAAUACAUGUUUGUUUCCACUUUCCUCCCACUGCACAGUGUUGCUAUGCUUGUUUAAUUGUUUUUAUUCCUUUUUAAUAUGUGAUUUUUAAAGCACUUGCUAAUUUCUCUCACUAGUAUUGCACUGAGGUCCUUUUAAACUCCAGAGACUGAGGAAUGUGGAGGUGUUUGGGAAGCAGAGAUUCAGGGUCACGAAAUGGAGAAGUGCACACUCAUUGCAAGUUCAAACACAUGCAGACAGAGGUCAUCGUGCCACAGCCAGCACCAACCAUACCACACAGGCAAGACAUUAACAAGCUCUCUGUUCUCGGUCAGCUAGUGCAGAUGAGACAUUACAGGCAGCAGCCAUUGUUGAGUGUCCAACUUUUACUCUUAAGAGGUGAGAAAAGGCUAACUGGGACUUUCGAAGGUGGCGGAAUUACCUUGAAGAUGAAUUGAUUUAAAUACUUUCCAAUUAAAGUUUUAAAAUCAACUGCCACUCUAUUUGGGAAUCUAGACGUGACAGGAAUGUUCCUGUCCAAUUGAACCUGUCUCGAUAGUCAAAUGAUUGCAUAGCUCAGAACCAUCAAAAAUCAUAUUUUGAGGUAUAGCCAAUGGUCAGUGAACAAGUUCUUAGGUUCAACUACACCAGUCACAGGAAUGUGACUCAUUCAAAGCAUUCCAACGUUGUGAGUGCAAACAGCUGCAAAAGGGGAAAGAUAAGCGCUGUGUUUCUUGACAAAUGCUAAUGAAGGUACACAGUACCCAAGGUUCUUACCGGGAGGGCACUCUACAGGCAGUAUGGUAUGGGAAUUAGCUUAAACUCUGCUUUAUUCUGUAGUGUUUUAGCUGUGUGGCAUUAAGAAAGUAUCUUAUUUUCAAGCAUUGUUUCCUUUCCUGGUAAAUGCUGUGCUCUUGUUUCUUUCUGGUGUCAAGUAUGUAUUAGUAAAUAUCAAAUGUGGAACAUUAUUUUACAGGAAAAGUAUUCAGGUAUAGUAGAAAAAUAUAAUCUGGAUGAUAUAGUAACUGCACAGUUGGUGAAUGUGUGAGUAGAACACCUGGCCAUUACCUCACCAUGCACAUAGAAGACCACCCAGGAGAUAGUGUGAGCUAACAAGCACAAACAGAAACACAGUCUCUGUGCACAACUAACUACUGCCAUUGCAUAGCCCCAAGCUACUGUACAAAUCCUCUUACCAUAACAAUGGCCAGACUUCCCUCAUUCAGUCAUGUCUGGUGAUACAUACUCACCUAUGUGCUUUUCAGGCAACGUGUUUGAAUAUUAAAGUGGCUCUUGU